UGCAUUCUAGCAGCCCUACCAGACCUUAGGCCUCCAGCAGCAGAGCACACCAGCCUGUAUCUUAAAUGCUCUAACAGGGUCAUUUAGAUCCUUCUUUCUCAAAUCACAGGUUUGAGAAGCUGCAGGUUUCUGAAGCAUCCUAUUUUUGAAACUUUUUUUUCCUGUUUAUUUUGAGGUGUGUGUGUGUGUGUGUGUGUGUGUGUGUGUGUGUGUGUGUGUGUGUGUGUUAAAUAAUUGUCCUUAAUUCAGUGUUGGACGGCUUGACUUUGGUGUGGAAGAUGUUCGACCUGAGGACGAAGGUUAUGAUGGGCCUCGCUAGCGGUAUGCUGAUUACUGCAAUUAUGCUGAUAUCCGUUGUCUUUUGUCUUUACAUGAAAAUAGCCAAGGCACUAAAAAUCGCAAAGGAUGCUGAAAGCUGUAUUGAACAAUGCAAGCUCAACCAAGACAAGAUCAUCCGGCCCAAACCCAUUCUUCCUGGGUCUUGUCGCACCCUCCAGCGCUGUGAUGACUGUAGCAUCUAUGCAGAUGUUGGCACACUGCCACCUUGCUUUUGUGGCACAAAUGAGGGACUCUGACGUGGCAGUGGUGGACACAAAAAUCUUCACGAUCAGUACUUCUUUCUUAGUAGACUAUUUUAUUUUUCAAAUCAA